CUCUGAUGAGUAAGGGAGAGACCAGACGAGAGAGUUGCAUGAAGACGGAGCUGUUGAAAGACAUCACCAACAAUAAAGAAGAAGGAUUUAAUGCUAUGGCCGCCGGCGAUGGCGCCAUAGACAAGCAAGUUGGCGAACUCAAGAUGGCUCCCGACGGCGAGACCAACGGCUCCCUGGAGUGCAACGAAUUCAACGGCCACCCCAGCGUAGCCAAGAACACUCAGGACAAUGCCAAACUGAGCCAAGCGGACUCGGUGGCCAAGCUGAGCCGGAUAGCAGAGAAUGGCUUUUCCGAACGAGACGGGGAUGAUGGGAAGUCCAACCACCUCAAAACAAACGACUUCACCCAGACCACCGUGACGGGCAGCAAUGGGUACAUUUUGCCCAAACAGAUGGCUCAGGAUCUGCCCGUCAGGACUUCGAAUAGCGGUUUUGCUUCUCUGCCGGGCCACGCCGCGAAGACGCUUCCGGCCGGAGGGAGCAAAGGGAGAACUUUCGGCCCUUUUAUGCAGGCACAGGGCGCUCUCCCGGCCAAGUUUGGAGACGGGUGCGGCAAAGACUCGGAAGCUAAAAAAACAGGCGGGAUUAAGGUCCACCGAGCCCGGAAGACAAUGCCCAAGUCUCCAUCUCACCUGCAUCCCAACAAAGACCCCAAAGAAACGAGAACGCCUAAGGAAGACGGCAGCAAAGCCGUUCUGGAAUUCGGAAAGCCCACCUCCUUGUCCUGCCUCCCCGGCCUUCACUCAUCUCUACCUCAGAAUCAGAGCUAUGCGGCUGCCUCAAAAUCACAGACAGCUACUUCCGUAUCUCGAAAGAAAAAACGAAGAAUGGGAACAUACAGCUUGGUUCCCAAGAAGAAGACCAAAGUUUUAAAGCAGAGGACGGUGAUCGAGAUGUUCAAAAGCAUCGCUCAUUCUCCAGACGGCAAGGUUGAGAAGGAGGAGGGCAGCCCACACUUGAACGGGGAACGAUUAGAUAUUGAUUCCGAAGAAGACGACUCGGAUGAGCUGGAGGAAGAAGAAGAACGUGGAGCAUAUCAAACGGCCACAUUUCCCGUGGAGGAGAACAGAACUGCUAUUGAGAGAGAACCAGUGGCUGUUAGCAAUGCCAGAAAGAUGGUGGACGGAGAAUCGGAGGAGGAACAAGAUUCCGCAGACUCCGUGGAAGAGGAGGAAGACGGCGAUGAGUCGGAUUUGAGCUCCGAGUCCAGUCUGAAGAAGAAGCUGAUGAAGCGGAAAGGGAAAACGGAGAGCCCGUGGUUGAAACCCACCCGGAAACGGAGGCGGAGAAACAAAAAGAAAAAAACCAACCUGAUAGGCCCUGAAUCUUACAAGCCCCCUUUGGGGAGCGGAGAAGGAGCCGAGCAGGAGAACAGCAUGGAAUACAUGGAGGUGCCCCUGCAUUCCUUGGAUCUUCGGGUGAAGGGCGUUCUGUCUUCUUCGCAACCAGAAGGUCUUUCUAAUGGUCCUGGAGCAAUGGAAACAGAAUGUCUCCAAGAAGUGCCUCUUUGUAGCUGCCGGAUGGAAACCCCGAAAAGCCGGGAGAUCACCACACUCGCUAACAACCAGUGCAUGGCCACAGAGAGUGUGGAUAAGGAGCUGAGCCGAUGCACCAACCGUGUGCUGAAAUACGAGCUGAUGCGUGCCUCGAACAAAGUCCAGCUCCUGGUGUUGUGCGAGGACCACCGAGGGAGGAUGGUGAAGCAUCAGUGCUGUCCUGGCUGCGGCUUCUUUUGCAUGGCGGGCACGUUCAUGGAGUGCCAGCCCGAAAGCGGCAUCUCUCACCGGUUCCACAAAGAGUGCACUUCCCACGUCAAAGGCAUGAGCUACUGCCCCCACUGUGGGGAGGAGGCCUCCAAGGCGAAAGAGGUCACGGUGGCCAAGGCGGACACCACCUCCAGCCUGCUGCUGACCUUGGAGCCGAAGAAACCAAGUGCUUCAGAAGGAAAGGCCGACACGACCACUGGAAGUUUCGGCGGGCCUGCCACGCAGCAACCUGAAGAAGUCAGACCUGAGAACUUGUCCACCGAGGUGUUCGAUUUGGCCGGGACAUCGACGUUCCCUAAGCCGGUCUCGACCGGCUUACCUCAAGGGCCGGUUAAAGAAACGUUGGAGAGCGCCUUGAUUGCCCUGGAUUCAGAAAAGCCCAAGAAAUUGCGAUUUCACUCGAAACAGCUGUACUUCUCAGCCAGGCAAGGCGAGCUUCAGAAGGUUCUCCUUAUGUUGGUGGAUGGGAUCGAUCCCAACUUCAAAAUGGAGCACCAGAGUAAAAGGACGCCUCUUCAUGCAGCCGCAGAGUCGGGACACGUGGACAUUUGUCACAUGCUACUUCAGGCUGGCGCUAACAUAGACACCUGUUCUCAGGACCAGAGGACCCCCCUUAUGGAAGCAGCAGAGAAUAACCAUCUGGAAACUGUGAAAUACCUCAUUAAGGCUGGAGCACUGGUAGACCCCAAGGUAAUGCUUGGUUUGUUUUCUUACAACUUCCACAGGAGCCACACGGGGGUGUGAAUAUUGGUUUGCAAACCACCAAUGGUGCGUUCGGCUAACCUGCCAAGCCAAAGGCUUCUCAGCUUAGUAUCAAGUGGGAAUCAGUCAACCAUCAGUUGGGUUGAAGACCUCAAAGUUGCAUUGCUGUUGAUGUAGCCAUUCAGCCCUAGAUCCCUACCAAAAGAGAAUGGAAAAUAGAGUACAGAACAGACUAGAA